AGAACAUUUUAUAUCAUCUUUAACUGUCUAGUCCAGUGGUCCCCAAACUACGGUCCGCGGGCCGGAUCCGGCCCGCCUCCACAUUUGGUCCGGCCCCCUGAACAAUACCAGAGGGUAUUUUCAUAUAUGCUAUGCUUACUUCUACAAAAUAUAUUUGUAUUUGAUAAUAAAGUUGGACUUUUGCAAUAAAAUGUUCCUUAGUUAUGAACUUUUUUCAUUAUUAACUAUUAGUUAGUAACUAUUUCAUACACGCAUAUAAUGUGACAUUCUGUUCCACCCUUCUGGGGUCUGUGCCAAUAUCUGGCAACCCGCAGCAAAAAAUCGUAACCCCGCCCCUCUCAAAGAGAGAACAGAAUAAUGGCGAAAAGAUUAGGUAAGAGAAAAAUUGAUUCACAAUGCAGGGCAUUUAACCUGCAGUGGAAAAACUUUUUUUUUUUGUUCAAUGCAAAGAAAAGGCUGUCUGUCUCAUCUGUCAAGAGACGGUGGCGGUAUUCAAAGAAUACAAUCUGAAGACACUAUGAAUCCCGUCAUAAAGACAAGUAUGAUAGCUUGCAAGGCCAAAUGCGAGCAGACAAACUCUCAAAGCUAAAAAGUGGACUGUUAGCUCAGCAGGAUACAUUUGUACGCCAAGUUCAGCUGAACCAGUCAUCUGUUCGGGCCAGCUUUCGGGUUGCUCAACUGAUAGCAAGCAGCGGUAAACCUUUCACUGACGAAGAGUUUGUCAAGAAAUGCAUGAAAGCUGUAGUGGAGGAGGUGUGUCCCGAGAAGAAAGACGUCUUUAAUGCCGUGAGUCUAUCAGCCAGUACAAUCACCAGACGCAUUGAAGAAAUCGGCGGUAAUAUAUAUACCCAGCUGCAGCAGAAGGCGAAAGAGUUUGAAUUUUUUUCGUUAGCACUGGAUGAGAGCACGGACGUGCAGGACACCGCGCAGCUGCUCAUUUUUAUUCAUGGAGUUACUGCAAAAUUUGAGAUGUGCGAGGAGCUGGCAGCCCUCCAAAGUCUCAAAGGGACUACAACCGGGGAGGAUAUUUUUGGAAAAGUGUACCAAACCAUGGAAGAGUUGGACCUGGACUGGUCAAAGCUGGCCAGCAUCACAACUGACGGGGCUCCCAAUAUGGUGGGCAUGUCUUGGGGUCCAAUAGGACGCAUGAACCGGGAGUUUGAAGAACGAAGUCUCACCGCACCGCUACAAGUCCACUGCCUAAUUCACCAGCAAGAACUGUGCUGCAAAGUGUUGACGUGGAAUUCUGUCAUGAAGGUUGUGGUGUCGUGCAUAAACUUCAUCAGAGCAAAGAGUCUUAAACACAGGCAGUUCCAAGAAUUCCUGUCUGAACUGGAAUCUGCGCACGGGGAUGUGCUGUACUACACAGAGGUCCGAUGGUUGAGCCGGGGCAGAGUUCUGAAGCGUUUUUAUGAGCUGCUACCUGAAAUUAACGCAUUUCUUCAUUCACAAAACAAAACUGUGCCAGAGCUGAAAGACCCAGAAUGGAAAUGGCAUCUCGCAUUUUUAACAGACAUGACAGAAAUGCUGAACAGCUUUAACUUGCAGCUACAAGGCCAGGGGAAACUCAUUUGUGAAAUGUAUUCACACAUCAAAGCAUUUGAGGUGAAACUAGAGCUACUUCUGGGACAAGUGAAAAAGCACCGUUUCAUCCAUCUCCCUGCUACACAAAAUCUCUCUGCAGAGAACCCAGCGGUCCCUUUUCCAGCUGAAAAGUGUGUGGAAGCACUGGAAAUGCUAAAGGUGGAGUUCGGUGGAGUUCAGUGUGCGAUUCUGUGAACUACAUGUUUAUGCAAAAGAAAUCCGUCUUUUCCAGAAGCCCUUUGUUGCCGACAUCGAUGAAGCCCAGCCUUCUCAUCAGUUUGAGUUGGCCGAGUUACAGAACUGUGAUGUUCUGAAAGACGCGUUCAAGCCCAACAGUCUCAUUGACUUCUAUGCCGCCCUCCCAAACAACACGAACCCCAACAUCAGAAAACACACAAUGAAGAUGUCCACACUUUUUGGCAGCACGUAUAUCUGCGAGCAAAACUUUUCCCGUAUGAAACUGCUGAAAACUUCAAUGAGAUCAAGAUUGACAGAUGAACAUGUUGGAGACUGGACUGGAAAACCGACAUUCAACUUCUCACCAGCCGGAUUCAGGCCCACAGUUCACACUGAUGAACGUACAAAGGGAAGUUGAUGAGCUGCAAACAGCGACGUCUACAAGCUACUGGAACCUGCAAAAAGAUUAUCAGAAAGGAACACAAGAACUUUGAGAACCUGCUCAUUGGACCAUUGAAGUAAGAGAUUCUGCUCUGACAACUAAGCUGAACUUGGACCUGUUAAGACUGUGCAUGGAGACUGUUAUUUAGUUAUUAUUUAUUUCAUAAAUAGUGUUAUUUAUUUCCUGACUUUGUUCUGUGAAGAAUCCAGAAAGGGUUAUUUGAUUGUGCUUUCUGGAAAACAAUACAUUUUUACGUUUAGACACUCUUGCAAUCGUCACACUUUUUCUGUUACAAACUGACCCCUGAUGGGAAAAGGUUCUGAUGGGAAAAGGUUCUGAUGGGAACGUUUUCCCAUCAGAGAAGGGAAAAAGUUUGGUGACCCCUGGUGACCUUCCUCAUCGGUCAGUGGACUAUCUGAUCUUAUGCUUCAUUAUUUCACAACACAGCAGGAAAUAUUCAUAAAAGCCACUUUACUCAAAUCUAACUCUUAAGUUCACAUUCACCAACCUGCUUCCACUUCCUGCUGUUUCAUCCUGUGUUGUGACGUCAUAAAUUC